GUGGUGGGCGGGGAGAAGCCGGUGCUGCCUGUACUGGAGCUCUGGGAAACCUCUGUGUACACUGUAGGGAGAGGGGACAUGUACAGCAGCGCCACCUAGCGGCCUCCGUUCCCGUCUUCCUGUCCGGCUGUGCACCCUGAUCGCGGCCCGUGAGCCUGCUCUUACCUCACGAAGCCCGUGGAGCUUAAGGCCGGGGACAUGAAGGUGACGGUGGAUUUCGAGGAGUGUCUGAAGGACUCGCCCCGGUUUAGAGCUGCCCUAGAAGAUGUAGAAGGGGAUGUAACCGAACUUGAGCAGAAGCUGGACAAGCUGGUGAAACUCUGCAUUGGAAUGAUCGAUGCAGGAAAAGCUUUUUGUGCUGCCAACAAACAAUUUAUGAAUGGAAUCCGGGACCUGGCCCAAUAUUCUAGCAAGGAUGAAGUAAUUGAAAGCAGCCUGACAAAGUUUUCUGACAGUCUACAUGAAAUGAUCAAUUAUCAUAAUAUUCUUUUUGACCAAGCCCAAAGAUCUAUCAAAACACAGCUUCAGACAUUUGUUAAAGAAGAUCUUAGAAAAUUCAAAGAUGCCAAAAAGCAGUUUGAUAAAGUUAGUGAGGAGAAAGAAAAUGCCCUGGCAAAAAAUGCUCAGGUACAAAGAACUAAGCAACAUGAAGUUGAAGAAGCUACAAACAUCCUGACUGCUACACGGAAAUGCUUCCGGCAUAUUGCUCUGGAUUAUGUUUUACAGAUCAAUGUGCUUCAAUCAAAAAGGAGGUCUGAAAUUUUAAAAUCUAUGCUGUCUUUUAUGUAUGCCCAUCUGGCUUUCUUCCACCAAGGAUAUGACCUUUUCAGUGAACUUGAGCCUUACAUGAAGGAUUUAGGAGCACAGCUGGACAAUCUUGUUGUCGAUGCUGCUAGAGAAAAAAGAGACAUGGAGCUAAAACAUUCAACAAUUCAGCAAAAGGGUUUAUCUGCUGAUGACUCCAAUCUGGAAUGUAAUGUUGAUGCAGAGAAUGGUAUUGUUAUGGAAGGAUACCUGUUUAAACGGGCCAGCAAUGCCUUCAAAACCUGGAACAGGAAAAAGCCAGACCACACAAGGCGCUGGUUUUCAAUUCAAAAUAAUCAACUUGUAUAUCAGAAGAAAUUUAAGGAUAAUCCCACUGUUGUUGUUGAAGACUUGCGGCUGUGUACAGUGAAACACUGCGAAGAUGUUGAGAGACGAUUCUGCUUUGAGGUGGUUUCUCCUACUAAGAGCUGUAUGCUUCAGGCUGACUCUGAGAAGCUGCGCCAGGCAUGGAUCAAAGCUGUCCAAACCAGUAUUGCCACAGCUUACAGAGAAAAAGGGGAAGAAGCAGAGAAAAUCGACAAAAAGCCUUCCACGUCAAACACUAGCCCAGUUUCGGAAUCAAAAGAAAAGCUGGUUAAGGGGGAGAGUGCCCUGCAGCGAGUGCAAUGUAUCCCUGGUAAUACGAAGUGCUGUGAUUGUGGGUUACCUGAUCCUCGCUGGGCCAGUAUUAAUCUUGGCAUCACUUUAUGCAUUGAAUGCUCAGGAAUUCACAGGAGUCUUGGUGUUCAUUUUUCUAAAGUGCGAUCUUUAACUCUGGACACAUGGGAGCCUGAACUACUAAAGCUGAUGUGUGAAUUGGGGAAUGACGUAAUAAAUAGUAUAUAUGAGGCUCGAGUUGAUGCCAUGGGAGUAAAAAAGCCUCAGAAUGGAUGUCAGCGGCUUGAGAAAGAGGCCUACAUCAAAGCAAAGUAUGUGGAGAAGAGGUUUGUGGAUAAGGGAGCUGUAUCAAUCCUGAUGACAAGGAAGAAAACAUUGUCCCAGAAGAGCAGUGAAAAUCGUCUGAGCUCCACUGAUAAAAGCCUAGGUGUAGAAGAACAGAGCAGAACUGCAUCCAGAGCCUCAGCGGUUGCUGUUAGCAGUGACGAAGCAAGGCGGGAGUCUCUCUUCUGUCCUGAUGAGCUAGACUCACUCUUCUCCUACUUUGAUACUUCCUCAAAGCUACGUAGUAUGAGAAGCAAUGACAGUGGAAUACAGUUUAGUGCAGAGGGUAGCCGAGAACUCCUGGCGUCUGCAGUGUCUUCCAAUAGUUUGUAUGAUGCUGAACUAGAAAAGAAACAUGAAAAGAGGGAUUCUGCAGUAUUUCAAGACUCUGUAAGCAGUAUAAGGUUUAUACCCGGACAUCAGCUUUACAAGGCAGCAUUUCAGAAAAACCUUCCUGCCAUGGCUGAGGCAUUGGCUCAUGGAGCAGAAGUCAAUUGGGUUAACAAAAAUGAAAACAAUGCUACUCCUUUAAUACAGGCGGUGCAUGGGGGAUCACUAGUUACCUGCGAGUUUCUGCUCCAAAAUGGGGCCAAUGUUAACCAUCUGGAUGUGAAAGGGAGGGGACCCUUACAUCAUGCCACUGUGCUUGGCCACACAGGACAAGUCUGUUUAUUCUUGAAGCGUGGGGCCAAUCAACAUGCUACCGAUGAGAAGGGAAAAGACCCUUUAAGCAUUGCUGUAGAAGCUGCUAAUGCUGAUAUAGUAACACUAUUGCGCUUGGCACGUAUGAAUGAAGAGAUGCGGGAAUCAGAAGGUUUUUACGGACAACCAGGUGAUGAAACUUACCAAGAUAUAUUUAGAGAUUUUUCCCAUAUGGCGUCCAACAAUCCUGAAAAACUGAAUCGCUUUCAGCAGCCAGAUUCACAGAAGUCUUGAAUUUUAUAUGAUUUGAGCUUUACCUUUAACUUUAAAAUGAGUAUUUAAUCACAAUGGCAGAACUAUUUAUUAGCCCAGUCUUUACAUGUGCAAACUAGUGCUUCGCUGCUCUUGGUGGCAGGGUUUGGCAUUCCUUGAUGCUCUGCCUUUUUGGUAAACCACUAUGCUGCUUAAGCGUGACACCAUUAAACACAAUGGUGGUUGACAACUGUCUCCUUAGAAAUAUUGUGGGGGUUUUCUUUGUCUUGAGUAUGUGAACAAAUAUGCACUCAGCCUUGUUUAUAGUAACUACUAUAUAGGGUCCACCAAAGGCUGUGCUGCCUUGUUUUCUAGUUUCCACAUGAAGAGGACCAAUGGACAUAGCUGCUUUAUCAGUUAUACCCCUUGUUAAGUUCUAAAGAGUUCUGCACCUUCUUUGACAGCAUUGCACUUAUUUGUAAGAACUGUCAGACAUUUUGGAUGAAGGUAUCUAAAUGUAACAGUAUAUAUGAAGUCUAAGAAAUGACAACUGAAUAACAAUUUUCUGCUUGCCAAAGAGAUGUUGCUGUUCAGUUACUUAACACCCAUUUAUAUUAGUGAAUACCCAUAUUUUUAAUGGGUAGUUUAAAAUCUAUGACUGACUCUAUACGCUGUUUCUUGGGCACCCUCAUUUACUGACCUAGCUAUUCUUCUAGUGUUUAAAUGGCAAAACUAAAGUCAUAUUGCCAUGUACCAAAAUAAUUUUUAUCAGUAUAUUACUGAUUUUAUUGUUUGCUUUCAGGUCAUUUAUGUCCUUGUUAUACAAAUCUGUCAUCAAAUUGAAUUUAUUUAGCUGUCUAAGUGUUCAGAUAUAUGCACACUAUGAACAUGCAUUUAAUGUAACCUCCAGCAGCUUCCACGCUUUAGGCUUUUUUAUUUCUGUCAUUUGUGAACACACUGUCCUAACAAUAAGCGUGAAGAUGUCUUCGCAAUCUGUUUUCCCUCCUACCUGUAGAAUAUAAAUUGUGACCUAGUUGGUUUUCCAUUAUAGAAUUUGAAUUGACCAUGCAUUCUGAAGUUUCUGUAGAUAUCCUAAUACAGGGAAGAUUGUUUUUAUGCUUUCUAAUCAGUGAUAAAGCCAUACUUUAUAUCAUAUAUUUUGCAAAGAUAUUUUUGUCACGUAGAGAGUUGUACAUAGAAUUUGGUUUUAUUAAAUGUAUUUUAAAUGUAUCAAUUUAUCCAAGGACAGAUAAGAAAUGGUUAAACUGUUUACAUUGGGCAAGUAUUCCAAUGUGGCCAGUCAGUUAUGCUAUGAAGAGGACAGGACCUGUUCUUCCAUACAGAAGUGUGUGCUUUAUAAAAUACAUUGAAGUCUAAACUUAGAAGAACCAAUGGUUAAACCUCUAGCAACCAAAUACGCUCUCAUCACAUAUGUUCUGGGAGUUGAAGUUUUGCAACAUCUGGAGGGCCACCAGUUUGAGACCCCGGCAUUAGAGUUUCUGUCCUUUGAGGGGAUUUCAUAUACACUCCUUAUCAAUAAACCGGAUUUAUCUUAACCCUUAAGACCCAGGGUAUCGACUCAUUAACAGUUAGGCAAACCCCUUAGACUCAGUAACAUAUGUUAAGUGGAUAAUUUAGUGGAAUCUUCCCAACACGUUAUAAACUAAUAUUCUUUGUAAUUGACAAAAGUGUCAAAUGCUUUUAAGGAACAAAUCAUAUGGGACCACAAUAUCUGCAAUGCAUUUUUUUUUAUGUUAGGUGAAUACAUGUCUGUCUUAGACCCAAGAAGCACAAGUAUUAAUGUGAGUUCAGUUUAAAUUAUAAGUAUAAAACUUUUUGUUGGUAUCAGUUACCUUGUCACUUUGUUGUAAGUAGUAGGUAGUUGUAAAUAAGCUGCUGCUGAUAAUAUUGGUUGCCUGAGCAAGGCUUUAUAAAGUAUAAUACAGUGUGAUAGAUUCAACUUUUUAUAUUAUUCUUCCCUAAGCACAGUAUUAAGUAUAUAUAAUUACAACAAGUUCUGUAGUAUAUGACAUUACACUUCAAAUGCAACACCCUUGCUGAUACUGAGCUUGCAUGUCCAGAAUAAAAUGAAAAGCUGUCCAUAAACCAGAGUUCAUAUGGUGGAUAAGGCAGACACAGACCGUCUUCUGUCUACCGUUCCACUCUUCAUAAUACACAGGGUUAUGAGAAAUGCUGGAAGAUACCUGUGGAUAGGUUUGUCAUGUUAGAUUUUUUUUCAUUUGUUGGCAAUACAGUGGUCCCUCAACUUACAAUGUACUCAACAUAUAAUACUUAUAACAUACAGUGGGCUUUUCUGGACCAUUGUAACUAAAAACUAUACUCAACAUACAAUGCUACAGACAGUCCAGGUCUGCAAAACAUGUCAAUGGCUGGAAGAACAGACCAAUCGGAAUGGGCAUUCACUGGUAAAACACCUGUAUUACUGAAGUGUAUGCACUGACUGGCUGUCUGGUAGCGCCUCCCUACAGUACAGGGAGGAACUACAUGUUCUGUACUACUCUUUACCUGGGCCAGGCUUAGCUGCUUCUUUGGACACUAGGUGGCAAUGGCUCAAUUUUACCUUUUUCCGAACACUGUGUGUACUGUACAGGGCCCUAAAUACUCUGCUGUCCUCUACAUAGACAAUGAUUUACAGCUUCCAGCAGCGCUUUUUAUUUAUUUUUAUUUUUUUAACUUUUUCUAUGUAAGGACUUGCUUUAUAUGUAUUAGUUAUCUACUUCUUUUUCUUUAAUCCUGACUUUUUCCUAUUUUUGGAUGACCUUUUGUGGGCUUCAGAACCAAUUACUAGGUUUCUGUAGAGUUAUGGAGCCAACAUACAAUUGUGAUCCUGGAAUAUAUAUUGUAACUUGAAGGACCACUUUACUUGGAAACUCGUUUGUGACAAACCUCAAAAGUGCAAAGAUUAAUCUGACAAUUGUCAAUGUUAUUUCUUUUUAACAUAUACAAUGUGUUCUUCAAAGAUAGUCUAUAAGUGACACGUCAGUCAAAGAACAUAAAUCUAAAAUCUUUAGUGUAUGGCUAGCUUAAAGUUUUUUUUUUUAUUUUUUUUUUUUAUUAACUGGUGCCAGAAAGUUAAACUCACUUGUAAAUUAGUUAUAUUAAAAAAAUCUUAAUCCUUCCAGUACUUAUCAGCUGCCAAAUGCUCCACAGGAAGUUUUUUUUUUUUUUUCCUUUUUGUCUGACCACAGUGCUCUCUGCUGACACCUCUGUCCAUGUUAGGAACUGUCCAGAAAAGAAGCAUAUCCCCAUAGAAAACCUAUCCUUCUCUGGACAGUUCCUGACAUGGACAGAGGUGUCAGAAGAGAGCACUGUGGUCAGACAGAAAGGAAAUUCAAAAAGAAAAGCACUUCCUCUGUUUUAUACAGCAGCUGAUAAGUACUGGAAGGAUUAAGAUUUUUAAAUAGAAGUAAUUUACAAAUCUGUUUAACUUUCUGGCAUCAGUUGAUUAAAAAAAAUAAUAAUAAUCUUUUCCAGUGGAGUACCCCUUUAAGUAUUUGGUUAGCUUACACUACUUUGGCAACUUUAUUUUUAAUAUAUGUAGGACUGUAAUUAAAAUUAGGGAUAUUUGUUUUCCUUUGGUAAGUGUGUCAUGUUGAGCCUGUAUGUCACUGAAACUGUAAAUUCUAUAAAACACUACCAGAUGUUGGUGAGAUAUUUGAACAUUGUACAAUGAAAAAAUAUUCCUUCCCCUUUCUAUAGUAGUCAUAUUUGUAAAAUGAAUUCCACUUUAUUCUGAGAGUAGUGCUAAAUAUGCCUUGUUCUUGGCCUAGUUGUCGAAAGUUGCAGAAAUAUGAGACUUACUAUGCCCUCUAAUGGACCUGAGGGGAAAACUACAGCUCCCUUCAGAAGAAUGACAUUUUUCAAUUUAGGUGAAUUAUGUGUUGAUUCUAAAAUUUCACCUUCAAUGUCUGUCUUCAAUGUAAUCUGCUCUAAGUGCAAUAUUUUUCACAAGGAAAAAACUUGUGCUUUUUAAUUGGUGGACACCGUUUUUUGCAUCGCAAUAUUCCUUCCAGAUAACGUGCUAUGAUGAAUGUCAAACAUAUCUAGUUUUAUUGUAAUCAUUUUUGUAAUUAAAUAUGAAUGUAGCUUUAUUUUUUCUCACUCAAAAAAUAGAGAACUUAUGUCAGAGUAAAUGUACAUUAUGUAACAAUUGUAAAUACUUGAUUGAAUAAUUUGUACACUGCAAAAUCAAAAUAAUAUGCAAUUUCAAUAAAACAGAAAAAGGUAAAACAUC